ACAACAUCAACAUCGCCAUCGUAUGGAAAUAGUCAUCGAGAAUCCUUCGGAAAGUCAAUCGGUGACAACUAAUGCUGCAACUGGCCACGUGACUGUGGCUGCAGCUGCAGCAGCUGCGGCAGCGGUGUCGGCAAUGUCCGAGACAGGAACAAUAGCAACAACGACGACGACAGCAACGUCAACAGUAACAACACCAACUGUAACAUCUUUAGAUGCAACGAUAACAACGACGACAACGACAACUACGACGGGAACGAAUGCAGUACACGUUUAUCAUCGUUCGUCACGUUGCAACCCAAUAAUUUACGGUAACCAAUCAUCAGUGAACAUACCCGAACAAGAAUAUUAUCUAACCCAGAGAAGUCCUCGUCCUAUGAGUUGUACAAUCGAAGAUUUCAACGAUGGAAAUACUAUGAGACGAGUUGACAGAUCAGGAUUGUUAGAAAUAUCUAGUAUAGAUCAUCCAUCAUCGUCAUCAUCAUCAUCAUCAUCAUCAUCCUCGUCUCGUUUUCGACAUUGCAGACCAAUAGGUGCCGAGAGUAGUAUAGCUGGUCAUGCUGGUACACUACCACGUCGUAUCGAUCGUUCUGGUUUAUUAGAAGCUCUACCGGAAUUACCAGAAAAUAAUCGUCGUAGUUCCGAUGAACUUUUACGAACACCUUACAACGUACAAGAAAUGACCAUGAUCAAACCACCUGACGUAGUUGCACUCGUACGUUCACCAACGAUCAAUUACGAUUCUUCAACGAGAUUCUCAAACCCUUCACCGUCCCUUUUACGUCCAACUAAAAGUCCUAGUCCAGGUACAACGAGCAUCACCACAACUACCAACUCUACCACCACCACCUCGAGAAUGUCACCAACUGCUAACAUAACGCGUCGUGCUGAUGGGGAUUCUGGUUUACCAAAUGAAAGAUCAAUACGAUUUUCUUCGUCUAAUGAAACGUUCAUUCCUAUCGAAUCGUCACUUGGCCUAUCAUCCAGAGACAGAUACCCACCCUACAAGGAUUCACCUAACUUUUCUUCCAAUUUGAGAAACGAAACUGACAACGAGAUCGUUCAAAUGGAUUCUCCAUGUGAUAAGGAGAUCAAUAACGAUGAUAGGAAAACAACUAAUACAGAAUUGUUAAAAAAUGAUAUUAAGGUUAAUGACGAUGACAAAAAUGACAACGACGAUGAUAACGACGACGUAGUACCAAGAGGUGAAAGGGCCGAAGCUGAGGGUUGCGAAAAUACGACCAAUGAGAAUCUAGAAGAAGGUAGUAGGGUCCCAUACAACAAUACUACCAACAAUAAACUUUAUCACAAUGACAACGUUCAAACGUUAACGGUGAUCAUUUUGUCGGAACAAUUGUGAGGCCGAUCCUCCUCGUCGUCCCCUUGAACGAAAAUCCGUCCUAUUUAAAU